UCGUGGGCGCACGUAUAGCCGACCGGGACGACUCGAUUUCGCGGAUCGGCAUCGCGGAAGCCCGCGCAGCCGCGCUAUGCGCCCACAAGCGAAUCGGGAACGGGUUGCCGAACGACAGCGAAAGUGCACGGAAGAAUGCAAAGGGAGGAGCGCGAGCGCGCCGAGAUGAGCACCUACGCAGUGCCGCCUCUAACUCCGGACCGAUAGUCGCGCUCGACACACGCCCGCGCAACCAUGGCAAGCCGCGCACUCGGCCGGACCAUCGGGAUCGUACUCGCGAUCGGCGCACUCGCCGAGGGCUUCGCUGCUGGCCCCUGGAGAAGGCACGAGGACAAGACCAAGUGCCCCAAGGUCAAGGGCAUUCGGAACUUCGACAUCAGCCAGUUCCUCGGCAUCUGGUACAUAGUGCAGUACUACGCCAGUUCGGAGGAAGCCAUCUCGUACAGAUGUAUGCGCGCGGCCCUACGGGAAAAUGCCGAGGUCACCAUGAAUUUCACCUACAGCUUCACCGACGACCCGAUCAACGAGCAACUCGUGGGCAACAUCACGUGGAAAAUUCCAUCCCCGGAGUUGCCAGCCCAUUGGGUGCACGCCGAGCUUCCUUACGAGGGCAUUUACAAUACCUACGUACUCGACUCGGAUUAUAAAUUGUGGGCGUUGCUCAUGCAUUGUGCCGAGAAGAGCAAGAGUCCUCGCUAUCUCUCCAGCUUUAUUAUGAGCCGAGAGUCCAGUCUCGGAAAUAACGUCAUCUCUUAUCUCCGAGAGAAACUUCCUAGAUAUGACAUCGAUCUGGAGUAUAUGUUUCCCAUGGAUCAGAAUAAUUGUACGACACUGGAUCCGUACAGCAACUCCUUUAUCCCCCCCGCGAUUAUAGGGGCUAAGAGAAACAUAUCACGGAGACAUCCACUUAAGCGAAAGCAUAAAGCGAGGACGACGUGACUUGAAUUAAACUUGACGAUUGGUUGAAAAAUCCCUAAGGGCUGUGUGAAAUGUUCGUUAAUAACAUUGCGUACAUUUUAUUUUACCACGAUACUAUCGACUCAAAUCUUUCGAAUCUCUCUGUUAUUGUUACUUAUCCUUAAAUAAAUACCUUGAAAACUUU